CGAUCGAACAAAACGCUGUACGGGCUGCAAUACGCGCCACUUGCGCCUCGGAACGAAAAGAUAAGCAAUCGGGCUAAUAUAAAUUAAACAAAAAGGGGAAAUAUAUAGACAAAAAACAACAAGCAACAAGCAAAGAAAGCCUAAUGACCCAUUGCAAGAAAAUCCAGUGAUCAAGAGAAUAAAAGUUGAACAAGAAACAUUCAAAAAGAACAAGAAAGACAGAAAGCAGAAGAAAUGAGCCCAAAGUUGCAUGAAUUUGCUGUGGUCUUGCAACGUGAUGGCCAGGCCACCCCAUGGGGCAUACGUUUGGUUGGUGGCAAUGAUUUGGAUACUCCGUUGAUUAUAACCAGGGUGCAAGUUGGCAGCCCUUCAUAUGGCGAACUGCUGCGGGGCGAUAUAAUCGCCAAAAUUGGGGAAUAUGAUGCACGCGAUUUGAGUCACGCCGAUGCCCAGCAGCUGUUUCGUGGUGCCGGCAAUGAGAUUGGCCUAGUGGUGCACAGGGACAACACAAUCGCUUAUACGCAAGGCGUCAAUCAGGAAUCUGGAGCCGCCGUUGGCGGCGGUGUCUCGCGUAGUAAUUCAACUCUAGCACCAGUUAGUCCGGAUCUGUUGCCACACCGUGGUCCAUCACCAUUUUUGCCAGGACCAAGUCAUUUUGAGCGUGCUUUGCAAUUGCCGGUGGACACGUUGCCACAGACUGUGUUUCCACAGCUAAACGCAUCUGGUGGCUAUGUGGCACCUCCGGAGGUCUUCACGCCAAAACCAACACGUGAUCAUCAGCAGGAUGUGCAAGAGGAACAGGCUGCCAUUGUUAAUCAGCCAUACCGAACAACUCCACUGGUCUUGCCCGGUGCCAAAGUGAAGAAGGAUGCGCCCACCACAGAGUCCUAUCUGAGACACUAUCCAAAUCCGGCUGUGCGCGCCCAUCCAGGACACGACUACCAUGACAGUAUCAUGAAGCAACGCGUUGCCGAUACAAUGUUGCACAAGGUUGUUGGUCAGGAUGCCGAUACUGGCAGAGUCUUCCACAAGCAAUUCAACUCGCCCAUCGGCCUCUACUCGAACAGCAACAUUGAGGACACCAUCAGAACAACAGUUCCCUUUGCCACAAGCGAUAGCAAUCGCUUGAAGGAAAGUCCUUUGCAUCGUCCUUUGCCAACAAAACUUGACGGUUAUAAGAAAACUGUCGUAUACGAUCCAAGGAACAGCGAAACCUACAGAGCCAUUCAAGAAGAGGGCAACUACAGCAACUAUGGUCAUGGCCAUGGCCAAGCUUCGCCACAGGAAGUGACCAUACCUGUUCAGACUAGGGUCUAUCAGCCCAAUAGAUUGGUUCCAGGAAAGAAACCAGUAUCAGCGCCAGUAUCCCGGCCGCCGUACAAUGUGGUAAACACUCACGAUGAGAAUAUACGCCAGAGCGGCUCUUUCAAUCGUCUGAUGUACAGCGUCGUUGGUGCCACUGACUACUAAGUAAUAAUUGCAACUGCAACAGCAACAACAGCAAUCAACAACAACAACAACAAACAACAUCAACAUCAGUGGGGGCAGUUUAAACUCAUAACAAUAUUUAGCGGAUUUUUAUGAAAUUCUGUUUAACUUAUUAAAUAAAUUAUACAAAAAGAAAACAAAAAAAAAGUGAAACGACAACAACUAACCAGCUUAAUGAUAAAUUGGAUAAAACUACGGUUCUAUAUAAUUUUUUUUUUUUUUUUGUGAUGAAAACUGAAUUGGAAUCUCUUACCUACAAACCUAUCUACGAACCUACCAUACUGAAAACAAAACUUAUCUCUGCAAUAGCAAUAAAGAAAAACACAAAAAAUGAAAGUAAACUAAUUUAAUUUAAUAUUAUUUUCGAUUUUAUGUUAUUCUAAUUGACUCAAUGUCAAUUGCGAGUGGUUCUAGUCUUUGAAUGUAAUAAAAUAUAAUAAAUAUAUAUACAUAAAUACAA